UUCCUUUGCACUGAGCAGCUCGCAGUAAAGUUUUCUUGCAUAUUCCGUGUCCUAGCAAACCAUACGACCCGUGGAGGCUCUUCACUUGCUGUGCCCACCGAGCUCUCCACGGCGUGUUGCAAGCGUGAUUCUAGUGAGUACCUAGACCUGUAUUGAAUGCAAGAUUGGCCGAGGGCGUUUUGGCGGCGAUUCGGUUCCGCUCAGAUUGGAACUUUUUCUUCAACUUCCUGAAAUUAGGAGAGCAGGCGCUGCGGACAUACUCAUAGAAAUUUAGGGUCCGCCUCGACAUACAUACACAGACUCUGGACAGGCCCAGCGUGCAAAGGCCACACGCAAUUCACCCGUCCCACGAAGAGAACGCGCGCGCCUCAGAGGCGCAGCUGCCGGCCGGCGCAACUUGUUCGCAACCUGGACGCUUACGCGCUCCUGUGACACACCAAGCGCUUUGAGGCUCUCCUUUGAACCCUGGCCUGCUGCGCUCGGGUCCUCGCGCCAGAACAAACUUGCGUGGGCAACUGAGAGCGGCUCAAAAUGGCUAGCAUCUGCUCAAGCCUGGUCUUCGACUGCGAGGUUCUGCUCGACAACGAGCAAAACCAAUCACAGCGAAUGCUGGACCAGCUGGAGAGCGUUGUCCUCCCGGCGCUCGAUAGGUCCUGUCGGCCUGCUUCUCCGCUCGCCCGCGACAUUCUGGGUCUAGUCAAUGGCUAUCUGGCUGGGCGAGCAGGGCCUCUAGAGCAGUCGGAGCUCACCCUCCUGGCUCGACAUUUGGCCGCCCACUCUGCGAACUGCUUUGACGUGUUCAUCCGGUCGGCGCUCUCUACAAAUGGCGUAGAAUGCUUCAAGUCGCUGCGGCACUCGUUCCUGGUGGUUCGCGGUCGCGGCGAGUACGAGGGCAUGGAGUUCAUCGUGGAGCCGGCGCUGCGGGCGCACUUCACCAUCCCGCACCCUUCGCCCGACUACGAGCAGAUGCUCGCGCGCGCGCCGGACGUGUUCGUGGGCGGCAGCUGCCGCCUGGCGCCGCUGGUGCAGCUGCUGUGCGCGCUGAUGGCGGACAGCUUCGAGCGGCAGGGCCUGGCGCUGCCGCCCUGGCGCAAGGAGGCCGCCAUGCUGUCCAAGUGGCUGCCGGCGCCCAGCCGCACACGCGACGUGCCCGUAGUGGCGCGCGCGCACUCGGCCACCGCCGUCGACCUGCCGCUGCCCGCCGUCUCCACCCUCCCCUUCGACCUCCCCACCUUCAACUCCACCAGCGGCUGCACCGCCGCCGCCGCGGCACCCGCCCCGGCCAGCCGCGGCCCGGCGUUUGCGGCCCAGCCCAUCCAUGUGUCUGCCCUGACGCCCCACGCCGUCUUCGGCUUCGGCAUUGGCGGCGGCAUCGGCUCCAUCGCCGCGGCCACCACCGGGGCUGGCAACAUCGAGAGCGGCAGCUGCUGCGGCGGCAUUGACAGCGGCUACGGCAUUGCGUCUGACGCCAGCGCCCUGCUGCUUGGCUUCGGCCUGGGCGGCAGCCACGCCGACGCCAUGCUCGACAGCGCCGCCGGCAUUGCCGGCUACAGCUGCGGCGCCGGCGCCGGAGGUGGCAAGGACUGCGAGGGCGUGUUCAGUUUGGGCUGCUCGCCCGAUGGCGAGCUGCCGAUGCAGCUGCCGCCGGCGAUGCUGGGGCACAGCAGCCGGCGCUCGCUGCGGCGGCCGGCGGUGCACCUGGGCUUUGAGCCCUGCGCGCCGGCACCCGCGGCGGCGGCGGCCGCGCUGUCGGUGUCGGUGUGGGGCGGCUCGCCUCCGGCGCCCGGCGGCGCCGCCCGCAGCUGCGGCAGCUGCAGCGGCAGCAGCAGCAACAACAACAGCUUCGGCGGCCGCGGCACGGGCCUGCUGUCGGCCAAGCUGCAGCGCAGCGCCGCCGCCGCCGCCGCCGCCGCCCCUGCUGCCGGCCCCGCAAGCGGCCAACAGCAGCAGCCGCAGCAGCAGCAGCCGCAGCAGCAGCAGCAGCAGCCCCAGCGCAUCAUUGAGACGCGGCCGCCUGCGUACCAAGGCGGGAUGUGCAUCCGCGUGGUCAAGCUGGUGGGAUUCAACGUGCCGCCGCCGCCGCCCGCCGCCGCCAACUCCAUCGCCGCUGCCGCCCAGGCGCCGGCGCAGCGUGCGUAGAGGUGCCUGCGGCGGCGACGGCGGCGGUGGUGCGCUGCCGGACACACGUGGCGGCGCAGUUGCCUAGCAGUAGCAGUAGCAGCAACUGCCUCUACCGCCGUGCGUUGCGUGGGCGGUGCGCAGUACCGUAUAGCAUUAGCAGCAUGUAUGGAAUGUGGCAGUAGCAUGUGGAAGCGCUGCUGAAGAAGAGCGCAAGCGGUGUGAGCGCAUGCACCUUGCUGAUAGCCGGGAACCGGAGACAGAAGACUCCACGAUGACGACGACGAAGUCGAGAAGCACAUCUUUUCUAUUGCUGCAUCGCCGUCGGUUGCACGAUUGCGGACAGUUUUCCUUGAGCUUUGACGACGACCGCGUAGGUAUUGGUGUUGACUGCGGAUGUUCCCGUGUGUGUGUGGGUUUGCGUGACACGUGCUAUUGAGGGAAACUGCGGGUGGACGCGUCUGCGAACGGCUUGUGGGGUGCGCAACAAAGUUUUGGGGAGAACACCCCGUGCUGGUCUUUUUUCCUCCACAUGCUGCAGGCACAAAAAGCGUCCUCCCAUCCAGGUAGUCCUAAAUUCUGUUGAGAGUGGGUGCGAGUUCAUUUACCCCAUGGGUGUUGCAGUUGAGUGGGCAUUUGCUUUCUGAUGGCUUCGCAUUAAUCAAGAGGUAGUUACAAUUAAAUCAAAUCAGAGCGCUGCCGGGCAUCGGCGUGCACAAAAAGAGCACAUGGCUACGGAGCUCGCACUAUUUCUGCUGAGGCUCCGGGCACGGCAUGCAGCCGCGGAGUGUGGGGCCAGGUGUCUCGGGCCUUCGCCGCCCUGUAGCACGGGGAGCCCCCCUCACGUGUGCGGUUGCUACCGCUGUGAUCUGUCCGGAUGCUCAGGUCGUGUGAAGCUCCGUGCCAGGGCAUGCUGCAUGCGCAUGCAUAGCUGCAUGCAUGGCAAUACGGCGCUACCUGCAAAGAAUCCUUAUGGCAACUGCUGGAUGUUAUGACAAUAAAUAAAACCCCAUUUUGUGGUGCACGUGUGGGCGUUUUGGCGUGGUGUCGCCGAUCGGAGGUCAAGGGGACCAGGGAUUGCCCAAGACGUCUGCCUGGGCAAGUGAAGGAUGCCCGUUUAUGAUGGGAUCUGUGUGGGUGUUGCUGUGGGUUGACAGCAGGAGGUGCACUCGAGCAAGGACAAUAAAAAUCAAAAGAAAGGGCAAACUGCCGCUGGCGCUCAGCCUGUGCUGGUGGCGAGGCGUGCUUUUCCCUCCCCUGUUUUUUGGGGGCGCGCUCCGCGCAAGAGGAGGCGCCCUUCCACACAUACACAUUCCACUUCUCACUUUUUAUGGCGGCCGCGGGAUUCGGGACCAGCCAAACUAUUGAUUGCUGUCCGCGCACGCGCCACGCGGCGGUGUGGGAUGGUUUUUUUGCGUGUCCUGCUUGCAUGAAUGGAUGGAUUUCGGUCGCUGUGCGCGCAUCGACCAAGAUGUGCAUGCACGCAGGCAGGCAAGGGCGUGAGGGCAUUGUUCGUUUACAAGCCCUGAGACUGCUGCGGGUCUAACACGUGCAUUUGUGGAUGUUCUCAGGGUAGCUGGUGGGCUGAGAAGGAUACAGGACCAGCUUGCAUUGGCAUCCGGCAGGCACACGCGCACGCCGACAGGGUAGGACAUCAAUACAUUGGAUGCCGGUUACGGCAUCGGCAGGACAGCGAGGGAUGGACAGGUUGCGUGUGGAGUGGGGGCACAGGAACGCAAUCGGUGACGUGCGUGUGGUGACAGUUGAUAGGGAGGGCCCCCAGAGGGCAGAAACAAAUGGGCUACGAUGUGCUGAUGCUGUGCGUGUGUGUGUGCGUGUGCGUGGAUUUGCUGUGUUUUGUUGGCGUGUCCGUUGGAAGUGUUAUUCAUAACCAUAAAUAAUGCGGCUGCUGCGCACUCACGCACACUUGUGCACGUGGGACGACUGACGUGCGCGGGCUGUGACGCGAACGGCGACAGCUGCACCACUGGGGGCAAUAUUUGAGGAGUAGGGUAGGGGUGAGACGGAGCGGAGCGCCGAGGAGGCGGCGGCGUCCGGGCCCAAGUGGGGACGGGGCCGGGGCACAGACUGCGGCCGGUUGUGAGGAGGCGUGCAAUUGCCCGCGGAGGGCGAGGGGCGCAGGAGUGUGCAUGUACUUGUGUGUGUGUGUGGACAUGCCAGGCUGUUGAUAUGGUGUGGUAUGGUGAGGCGCCCACGCGGCAUCCGGGUUACAAAACUCAACGUCGCACGGCACGCCACGACGGUUGGCUAUGGUGUUGAGGCGCGCACACACAUGCGGGUGGAACAUGCAGGUGCAGGAAACAAAUGUACACGACCAGGUUGUUUGCAUUGCACCGGACAAGAAAGGUGGCUCGCCCUCUCUCGUACUACAGAUUUCAUCUGAUUGCGGAGUGGCGCAAUGGUACAUAAGUUGGGGUAUUUACUACGAGUACAGGCUAGCACUGAGGAGAUAAGAAAGGUGGACCUCUUCAGGAGAGCAUGAGAGUGGUGUGCGGUAGGUGGAAUGUACAUAGGGUAGACGCCACAGAAAGCGUGCGCACAGGCUUCGGUUAUACAGGCAUCCCAUGCAUACUGCUAUCUUACUGCAGACGAAUGAAAAGCAUUGACGGACCCCGCUGUAAAAAUAUCCGAGUGGA